CCCACACCCAUCAAGCCUCAUCAGUCAAUCCUCGUCCACCCCGCAUACGUAAACCCAAUCCCAAAUAUGUUGGCGGACCAUUUAUCAACCACACUACCAAACAUCCCAUACCUCCUGCCCUUGAACCCACUAGUGUGAAGCAAGCUCUGAGUGACCCACGCUGGAAGGCCGCCAUGGAAGAGGAGAUGAGUGCUCUUACUCGUAACAACACAUGGCAACUUGUACCGUCGGAUGGUCACACACCUAUUACAUGCAAAUGGCUUUUCCGGAUAAAGCGUCAUGCAGAUGGUAGUAUAGCAAGAUUUAAAGCCAGACUAGUGGCUAGAGGAUUUCUUCAGCAACCGGGCCGUGAUUACUUUGAAACUUUUAGUCUGGCUUUACAUCCCUGAUUUUUUUACCAAUUAACAAUCCUAUUGUUGCUCCAGCAUUUGUUGACAAUUCUGUGAUUUCAGCCGUGGUUUGUGACCCAGUUACUCCUGUGGUUGCUCCGGCUGUUAUGGACUCUUCAAAUAAUAAUGCAGCCCUAAUUUGUGACCCAGUAACUCAUCCUCUGGUCACUCCUGCUGCUGUUGACAACUCUGAAAUUGCAGACCUGGUCGGUGACCAAGUGGUUAAUUCUGUGGUUCCUCCGGGAGCUACUAAUGACCCAAAAAGUGCCCCUGCGGUAAUAGAUUUUAGAGUAUGCGGUUUGAGCAACCAACAUCUGGUCACCAGCCAUACUUCUACUACCAUUGAUGCUGUUGAAUCUAAUAUUGAAGUUGAUACAACAAUGCCAAGAGCCGGCAACACUGCCAGCGAAGAACUUCUUGAUGCUCAUAGAAUUGCCCCUGUGAUUUCUGGGGUUCCUGUGGAUGCAAAGGUUUACACACCUUCUGAUAACCAAGUCCCUAAGUUUGCUGAUGGAAAACAUGCUGCCCUUGAAACAUCUGAUUAUGAUGAACCCCGGUGGCUACCUGUAAAAAGGCGGUAACCGCGGAAGUUCAAACUAUAAGUGUUGGUCCUCAUCUUGGAAUCCCGAAUCAUGCUAAAUUUGGAAAUGAAGAUGAUGGAGUAUAUGGGUCCAGGCCCCGGGACCCACAUACUCAGAAGAACAGAAAGUACAAGCCACUAAGUGGUGCCCUCAUCGGCCAGAGGACCCCCGUCGGCCGAAGAGGGACCAACUCAGAAUAUGAUCCCAAAGCCAGGGAACCAGGGUGUCCUCGUCGGCCGUGCCCUCAUCGGCCGUGUCCUCGUCGGCCAGACCCUCUUCGGCCACGAGAGCCUCACAGAAUCAGAUCUUACACUUAAUCAUUUCUACACACAUUGUAUUCGGCCCAAUAACGGUCCAAUUGUAAAUGGGCCUCCCAAGCCCAAGGCUUGGGAGCCCAACCCGUAUUUUUCCUAUAAAUACUUCCUCUGGAGGUAGUUGUAGGGGUGACAAAAUCAUUCUAUUGAAGCAUUUACUUGCACUUCUCUCUCUAGCUCUCACUUCUCUCUAGAUAUAUACUCUAUCAGAAGAACACAAUUCUGAUCCAUCUUUAGCAACUACUUACACUGCUGAUACUACACACCAUCCACCCAUGUCCAAUGAUGAUAAUAUAUCUGAGGACACCCCCUUAUUACAGACUUUUCUAAUGCAGGUAAUAUACAUCUACCACCACAGGUAGACCUAGACGACUUUACUCCGGUGAAGGCAAAGAAAAAUAGAGGGAAUAGUGCCAUGACCCCAACCGCAACUCCGGAAGCAAAACAACUAUUCUACGAGGUGGGAUACACAUCACACCCGAUGAUUACAAGAAGUCAAUCCAGACGCCCGCAAGAUGAAGAUGACUAUUACAUUUACCCUGUUGAUGUAAGGCUGGAAUCUCCACACAAACUGGCUAUGACACUCACGCGAUAUAGUUCUUCUAAACCGGAAGCAAAAACCUACCAACCCUAUCUCCGAAAGGCUAUUCAGUUCCAUAAUAGAUAUAACAUAUCAAUUUCGGCUACAUUCGGGAUACCUUCAAAAAACUUCAACUGUUAAACCUAUGUUUACUCUUUCAGCUUUUGAUUGUAUGCUUUUUCUUAUUAGUACCGUUUCUUAAACUCUCUUGUAAUCACCUUAUUAUUAACAAAUUAGGGUAGUGUUCCCCGGCACUCCCUCCACCACGUGUGGUUAUUUCCG